AAGCUGUUACGGAAAGAGAUCGCUCUAGAAAUAGCUCAAUGGGGUGUUUUUGGUUAUGAAAACAUGGCUGGUCAUUGUAACACUUGUGGCUUGCCAUUUGUGUUUGAAGAACUUUCUUACCAUACACCAUACUGUCAUACAACUGAACUGCAUGACACUCAAUUGACGACUGCUGAAAAUAAUCUCAAGAAAGCCACAACAUCUACAUGUACUUCGAUUUCAUCCUUAAAACAACCGGCAAAAGAUAAUUUCAAGAUUAAUGGUACAGUAUUCACGUCAUCUUCAAUUCUGGAAGAUAAUCACAAGAAAGCUAUAGUGUCCCCUUCAUCAACUACAAAAGAACAUGUGAAAAAAAAGAGAAGGAGAAGGUGUCAAAAGUGUGCAGGCUGUACAGCUCCUGAUUGUGGGAAAUGUGCCUUUUGUCUUGAUAUGGUAAAAUUUGGAGGACAAGGUAUAAGAAGGCAAUGUUGUAAAGAAAGAAAUUGUCUUGAAUUAAGUGGUAAUGUCAGAGCUUUUUCCUGA